AUGUCCGGAUCCAACUCUCCCAGUCAAGGAAAAGGAAGUGGACAAAAUAACUCCAGAGACUUCAGCCAGUACGAAUUCUCCUUCAACUAUUCGUUACCCUCUGCCGAAAUAGAACCCGAUCCAGCAAUGGACGACAUUGUCGGAUCGUCAUGGUCGCUUUCAGAGAGCAUCAGAAACUUCCCAACAGAGUUUGGCAGAACAUAUCACGCAUACAAAGCUGGCUCAUAUGCCUUCCCCAACGACACAAUCGAACAAGAACGCCUACUUCUCCAGUUUAACGCCAUGACCCGACUUUUUGGAGGAAAGUUAUACUUUGCACCCCUAUCGGCUCAGAAUCCACCACGCCUAGUGCUCGAUAUAGCAACGGGAACGGGAGACUGGGCUAUUCAAAUGGGCGACGAGUUUCCACAAGCACAGAUUGUGGCUACGGACUUGUCUCCUAUACAGCCAGAAGAUGUACCGCCCAAUGUGUCUUUCUUUGUUGAAGAUUCAUCCGAACCAUGGGAGUACUCUGAAAGUUACGACUACAUCCAUACCCGAGUCACCUCGGGCUGUUGGUCGUCUUUUGAGGAACAGAUUGCCAAGCAGGCGUUCGAAAACCUGCAACCCGGCGGAUGGUUCGAAUCGCAAGAGUAUGAUAGCAUCAUCACUAGCGACGACGGCACACUAUCUCCGGACUCGGCACUGGCCCGAUGGUUCCACGAACUGGCUACUGCCGGCGACUUGUGUGACCGACCCACUGUCAUGGCACACAAACUUCGUGAGGUGUACGAGCGUGUGGGCUUUGUCGACGUACAGGAGCGGAUCUUCAAGAUGCCGACCAACGCAUGGCCAAAGGACGAGAAACUCAAGGAGAUCGGAUGCAUGUGGGAGAGAAACUUCAUGUCCGGUCUGGCCGGCUUCUCAUUUCGCAUGUUUAACAAGGCAUUUAGCAGAACGCCGGAAGAGAUUGAGGUAGCACUAGUCGAUGUCAGACGGGAGUUCUCCGACCCUCGAAUACAUGCGUAUCUGCCUAUUUGGGUUGUUUGGGGACGGAAGCCGCACCCAAACGAAUAA